AUGAAUUUGUUACUAUAUAAGAUAAAACAAUUAUAUAAUAGUAGUAUAAUUGGUAUAACAUGGCCAUUGGUUUUAUUAAUAUCAUAUACCUUACUUGGAGCAGUAAUUUUUCGUAACUUAGAAUUAGAAAUAGAUCAAAAACAACGUUUAUUAUUUAGAGAAAAAACUGAAUAUGCAUUUAGUGAAGUUGUCAAUAGAUUACUAAAAAUAAAAUGUCCAAAUAAUAUUCCAUCAACUUAUGAAGAUUCAUCAAAUAUUGUCAAUACAACUUAUCAAACAUUUCAAAUACGUGAUUCUAUUUUAUUUUUUGUUGAUCAUUUAAAUUUAACAGAUAUCAUUGAAGAUCGUAUGGGUCCCAGUCCCUGGACAAUAAUGGGUUCUAUGUUUUAUGCUGGCCAGUUAUACACUACAAUAGGAUAUGGUAAUCCAGUUGCUAAAACAAAUUAUGGAAAAUUAGCCUCAAUUAUAUAUAUUAUGAUUGGUAUUCCAUUGUUUUUAAUUAUUCUUAAAAAAAUAGGUAAAAUAAUGAGUGAAACACUAACAAAAAUAUACCAACAUUACAUGUAUGCAAGAAGACAAUUACCUUCAGCUAAAAAAAAUUUAAUUAGAAAAGCAUCAAUGAAAUUGGCAAAAAAAAGUGAUGUAAUUUCAACAAUUUCUGAUAAAAUUGAUUCUAUUAAUUCAGAGACAUUAAUUGAAAAUGAUGAAAAUAUUGAAAUAGAAGAGGUAGAAGAUUUUCCAAUAUUUCUUGCACUCCUUAUAAUGAUACUUUGGAUUGCUCUAUCAGCAGCAUUAUUUUGUAUCUGGGAAACUGAAUGGCCAUAUCUUACCUCAGUAUAUUUCUUUUUUGUUAGUAUUUCAACUGUUGGAUUAGGUGAUAUAGUACCAUCUAAAUUUGAUAUGAUAUUUGUUAACUUCUUGUUAAUUUUAAUAGGCCUAGCAUUAUUAUCUAUGUGUAUUAACUUAAUUCAAACAGCUAUUGAAAAGCUACUAAAUGAUUUAUUGGAUGAAUAUAUAAAUGAAAUAGAAAAGAUUGGAGAAAAACAAAAUAAAAAUAAUGAUAAAAUAAUUUUUAAAGAUGAUGAAAGUGAUUUUCAUAUUAGAAAUGAUAAAAAACAACAUGGAGGUUUAAGAACAACUUAUUGGAUCUCAAGAAUAUUUAAAACAUGGAUUGAACAAAGUUUAAUUAAAGAAAUUGGUUUUAUUGAAGAUGAUGAUAAUAGUGAAUUUAGAGAACGCCUUGAAAGAACACCAACACCAACAACUAAAUUUAAUCAUCAUACAAUGGUUCCAAAAACUUCUUUAAAAAGAAAAUUAUCAAAUUUAAGAAAAACUAAUAAUAUGUCAUAUUUUUUAAGAAGUACUCUUUUAAACAAAAUCCUUACACCAGAUCAUUUUGAACCAUUAGAAGAUGUAAAAAAUAGGAAAGAUUCAAAAUUAGUUACUAGUUCAAGUCAAACAGAAACUUCAUCAAAUGUUACAAUGCUUUAUGGAAAUGGUUAUGUAAAUACGGAUAAAAAUGAUAUUUUAUCAAUAUACUCAUCACCAUGUGAAGGAUCCCUGAUAUCUGUGGCAUAUAAUGAUGUAAAUUAUGGUUAUAGUAAUGAAACAUUAACAAAUAUGUAUAAAAAUCAACAAGAUAACGCAACAAUUAAUAGUAUAGAAGAUACAAGAAGUUGUUAUAGUAUGAGUUACGCCACUACUCCAUUAAGUUAUAGAAAAAUGUUAAAUGGUGAAAUAAUAAAUACAAAUACGGGAAUGCAAAUUUCAAAUGAGGAGGAUAAUACAUUAAAAAAGAAAUUAUCAUUGGUACAAUAUACUAAGAAAAAAUAG